AUGGCUAUAAGCCACAGUCAAACGAGACUCAGACAAGUUCCUCCCGGCCGCCUAGAGGGAAACGCCAGAGAGAAAGCCAAGCAGAAAGCUGCUGAAAGUAACCAAGAAACAUGUCAGAAGUACACGGUUGCCAUAAAGGACUUUGUCCCCAUGGCGGAACACAUUGCGCCGCAAACGAAGCCUCGCAUUCAGGUGCCUGGCUCCUUUGCUACAACAAUCGAUCGAGUAAUCUAUGAAAGAUCUUCUUUUAGAGGACUCCUUGCAGAACAGGGCGUUGAAGUUGAGGAGACCGCCGAUCUAAAUCACGCGUACUUUGUACGUGUGCUACAAGCGGUUCGAGAGGCUCUACGCCCCAAUAUGCCGAAGUCCGCUAAAGACAAAGUCCCUCACCCUAGCACUCCCCGUAGCCUGGCUCAGAGCUUUGGUCAACUGACAGUCGAGGAUCCAUCACGGGAGUUCUUGAAAGCCCCGGAAGUCGAGCGUCCUAAACAGAUGGCCCAGGAUAACACUAUCUACGAGUUAGAAGAACAAGAUACAUUGGAUGAUGCCUUGACUGUUUGGCAUCUUCUGAUGGUUGAUGCCGGAAAGAUCCGAGACCGCAUCGCAUGGGUUUGGAAAGCGUAUCGCGAUGGGAAGCUGGAUAUUACAGUUGCUGGGGUCGCCACGGACACCGGAAUCCAUAUGCUAGCGAUUUUAGAGGAACAGUCACGCUUGAUUCUUCAUCAGCAUGGCGGUUGCCUUAAGUCCUAA